AUGUCCGGGAGCCAUGCUAUUCCCGGUACCUCUAUCGGUCGACCAACGCAGCGAGAAGACUUCUCGCAUGAAACUGCCACCGUAAGCCUCGCAGGAGAGAGCUACUUCUUCAGUGGCCCAGCGAGAAGUUACGGUCGAGUUCAUAGAGGGAUGGCAAAUCAACCAAAGCUUGACUUUGAUCAUCGAACGGGGUCCGACAAGUCUGCAUACAUCAUUCUUGGUCCCGAUCCACACUUCUUCCAGUGUCUUCGUUAUACUCGGGGGAGUAUUGCCGCAAGAAGCAAGACAGACUGUUCUGAGCUUGAGGAUUAUGGGGAGAUCGCAGAUCUUUACACAGAACAUGAUGUUGAACGCCCAUCAUUUCUAUAUCUCGGUCCUAACAAGACUUUCUACACUCGUGUAGACGACGGAACCGAGAAGUGGGAGCUUCCUCAUGAGAUAGUUCGACAAGGCCUACAGGUCACAUCUGACGCGGUUCGAUCUGCUGUAGAUAGUCUAUGGCUUGGUGUUGGUGACGCUUGGGUUGCGCAGUAUCGGGACUCUCGCUUCAGAUUCGACCUCAAGGGUCAAUAUGCCAACUUGGGGCCGAUUUUACGUCAGAAACAGGAUCAAGAGGUCUCUAUCAAUGCACUGGCAUUGAACGUGGCUGAUGGAAAGUCUUAUGUCUGUAUCUUUAACGAUGGAGAUGUGGUGUACAAGGCUGGUUCAGCUCGCUUUGAUGGGAAGGAACUUGAAGCUUGGUGUGAGCAGAACUUCAGAUUCACUCAGAGACUGAGAUUCGAAUAG